AAUUCUCUGUGUAAAAAGAGCAAGAAGUAACAAAGAAGAAAAUUCUGAGGCCUUGCUUGUGAAGAUCAUCUAGCUCUAGCUUUAGUAAUAUCUGGCCCUGAACACUACACAUGCAGAUGAUCACAGUUCACGUCUUGAGCAUUUAUCACCUAAUUCAUUAUAUAUACCAACAAUUUAAACCUUGUGCUUAUCCUCCUCUUUCAAACUUAAGUACUUAUAAUGGGUGAGAUUAAAUCUCUUGCAACUCCCAGAGUCUUCAUCAUUUUGCUUGUCGUUUUUAUAGGUUCUUUUGCUACACUUUAUAUCAGAAGCUUCUCUAAUUUCGACCUGCAGAACUUUGUAGUGCACCAUUUUGUCACAAUUUCACUGCCAGAAGAAUCAGAAGCACUAGUGCCUUCCGUAAGCAAUAUCUCGGAUACUAGUACUACUGAAGCUGUUACAUUUAGAGAUGAAGCGCCUCUCAUGCACAACAUGAGUGACACAGAGUUGCUUUCGCGGGCAUCUUCAGUUGUGGAAAUUCGAGAUUUUACUAAUGAGAAGCAAGUGCAGAAGGUGGCUUUUCUGUUCUUGACACCAGGGCCAUUGCCCCUCUCACCUUUGUGGGAAAUGUUCUUUCAAGGACAUGAAGGUCUUUACUCCAUUUACGUGCACCCUCAUCCUUCUUUUAACGAGACGUAUCCUCAGGAUUCUGUAUUCUACCGCAGAGCAAUUCCCAGUCAGCCGCUAGAUUGGGGUGCAAUGUCAAUGGUAGCUGCUGAGAGACGACUCUUAGGAAACGCCCUCCUCGACUCGUCUAACCAAAGAUUUGUGCUCCUCUCUGAUUCAUGCAUUCCUCUGUUCAACUUCACCACAACUUUCGACUACCUCAUGGCAUCAAACCAGAGCUUUCUUGAAUCAUAUGAUGAAGAUACAGAACGCGGGCGUGGAAGGUAUAACAAGCUGAUGUGGCCAGCCAUCACCAUCCAAGAUUGGCGAAAGGGGUCUCAAUGGUUCGAAUUGCACCGUGAUCUCGCUCUUAAAAUUAUAUCAGAUACAAAAUAUUACGACAUUUUUGAACAAUUUUGUCUGCCGCCCUGUUACAGUGACGAGCACUAUAUGCCGACCUUAGUGAAUAUAUUUUACUCGAAGAUGAGCUCGAACAGGACAGUGACAUAUGUGGAUUGGUCCCGACUCGGUGAAGCUCAUCCGGGGCUAUUCGGGGCAAAACAGAUUACUAGGGAGUUUUUGAAUGAGAUUAGAUUUGGAACAAAAAAUGUGAAUGUUACUAGUACAAUAUGUAAUCUUUUUGCUAGAAAGUUUUCGCUAGAUGCAUUAGAGCCCUUGUUACUGAUGGCUCCUCUCAUGUAUGGUUUCGAAAUUUGAUUCUAUUCUUUUUGGUUUCAAUAUGUUUAUUUGA